AUGAUGGCCGGGGAGCAGCUCUUCCCAGACUACGAUGCAGACGAGGAGGACGUUUUUGGAAGUCAGAGCGUCAUGACCGCGAAGAGAGUUGUUGUCACCGAACAACAGAAGGCUGAUCCAUUGAGAAAACCUAAAGUCGAGCUUCAAGGAAUUCUUGUUGCUGAGAAGCAACCAAUUUCUGCGAAAGAAAUUGAAAGGCGCAUGCUGUAA